AUGAUAUUUGCUAUUUUAUUAAUAGUAAACUAGAUUACAUCAUCUGUUGCUUAGACGUAUGUUGGAGAAACACCUUGUUCAGGAUUGACAAGUGGAAGUUGUACUUCAAGUGCAAUUUCUGGAAUUGGAUAUUGUUAUUGGGAAUCGUAUGUUAUAACAUAAUUCCUCAUAAUAGAAGUUGCUAAACACUUCCAUGUUAUAUGAUUGAUGAAGUAGCUGCCUGUAGAGCAGGCUCUGGAUUGGCAACUGGAGGUGCAUCAACUCUAUGUGAUUCUUUGGAAACCUUCAGUUUGUAAUAUGACAAUGUUUGUUGCGAAAAAUCAGAGGGCAAACUAAAUUAUGCAUUUGUGAGAUAUGUCAAAACCUCAGAUGGCUAUUAUGAUAAGGCCAGCGAUGGUACAACAACAUUAACAUCCCUGACUACAUAAAACUCAGCAACCAUUUUUUAAUUGUACACAGUAAACCCUUGGAAAAUCAUGCCAUCAUUUACAAGUUUGCCCACUGCUGCCAAUUUCGAAUCAUAAUUAGGCGCCAUCUUAACUUAGUAUAAGACUUUGGCAACUGCAUUACAAACUUAGACAGAUUCACAUCCAUUCUAUUUAGAACGCACUGUAUACUAAUCAUUAUAAAUGCUGAGAGUAUAUGAAUAAAUCAAUCUUAGGAUUUCGUUGUGUUACAAACUACUUCCUAAAACACUAUGAGAGAUAACUUAAUCUAAAAGAUAUGGUCAGUUGCCCUCAUUGCUUUAUUUAGAAUGGCCAUAUUUCAACCUAAUUAUUAUUAAACAAAUUACUAUUUCAUCAACUUUGCCAUCAUUCCUUAUUCAAGAAACUCAAUCACAAUAAAUGGACAAUUACACAGCACCAAAAUUGACUGGUCAAGUUAUAUUUAUACUUCAAAUGGAUAUGUGAUGGUAUACUCAUUCCCACCUGAAAUUUUCGGAAUUAGAAAUGCCUACUCAGAUGUCGUCUGUUUAAGACCGAUGAUUGGAAAUCCCCCAGUUUAUAAUUCUGCAGAAAACACAUUUGAUACUGGAUUCAAACCAUUAACAAUAACUUGGUCUUGGACUGACACAUCAAUGAGUGUGGUAGCUGCCAAUUUGAAAUUAUAUAAAUUUCCAGUUAACAACGCUUUGGAAACUGGAAUUCUUUAAGAAGCUGGAGUCACCUUCACUUGUAAUUUAGGUGCCAAAUAUUGUGUCUCAUCUAGUAUAACAUCAAUCCCUGCUAAUACAGGAGUCAAUUAUUUUGUAUCACCAGGAUUAGGAGUUGUUGGAGAUAAAACUAAGGUUUAAUGUAGAUUGUAAGGGAAGACAUGGUCAGGCACGAGUUGUUCUUGA